AUGUCCUACGACACACUGAACCAUCGUUUUUCUAUCUUGCCAGACUUAAAUAUCUACCAUUCCAAUUAUACGCUCAGCUCACCCGUGACCUAUAUCGAAACUCAAACCCAUCCAUAUUACCAGAUGUCUCCGUACCAGGAGGACGUCGUCGACGUCCCUUCGUUAACCAAGAAACUAGCCGCUCUUACUCUGGAAGACGAUCUAUUCUACCCAGAGAUGCUGAGACCUUCCAAGAACCCGAUAUCGAGAUUCCAUUGGAGGAUGGAAAAAACACGAAGCCCUACGAUGAGGCACCGCGGAUAUAAGGGUGUCCGGUCGAACCUCGGACGCUAUGAGGUACGUGGAGCGUACUGCAUCGGGUUGGAGAACUACCGAAUGAUUCACUUCGAACGGUAUCUACACAUCUACUGUCGACCGCAAUAUAUCCCGGAACAUUCUCCGCUCUCUAGUAUUCUUGAGACGGAGACGAUUUCAUUGCGUGAGACCUCUCAAUGGUAUAACGGUUUUCGUGAUAUAGCGAAUGGAAAAAUCGAAUUAAACCUACCACUUUUGGACUCGCCUACGAACGAGAUGUUUCGCGAUUGGAGUUAUCGGAUUGAUGGUGAUACCACUGAAAACACCAUCAACCUUCUCGACCGGUUCGCAGCUUGGGAUUCUAAAGAUACCGCCAUCAUCGGAGAAGAUGAAUCUAAUCCGAACGUAUUGGUCACCCGAAAAAUCGCAAUACAAGAUCUUGUUCAAAUUGAAGGACGCAUCCCUGAAUCAUUCACAAUAUUCACCCCUUACAUCAAGCUUGCGAUCAAGGAAUUUCUGAAGAUCGAGUUUGGUGUCGUGGAGUAUGACUUUUGA